UCCACGGUAAUGAUGGAAAGGGGGGGGGGGGGUGUAAUGAGCCUUCCCACAUUCUCUGAAAUCUGGGACAAAGCAAAAAAUUGUCCGGAAGCCGCUUAUUGCAUUGCAGACUGAAGGGAUGUUUCCUUUGCGCGGCUUUGAGCAAAAGAGGGAGAAGGCUCUUGAAUAGGAAAAGAGAGAGAGAGAGAGAGAGCGGACUCCAGCCCAGUUGUGCAUCUUGAAAUCCGAAACCGAGCAAAGUCUUGCAACUUCUGGAGGACAACUUGCGGCCAAGGGCUGAUGCGAAGCCCUUGCUGGGCUUUGCAGAAGACAGCGUUCAGAUCAGAGAAGCCUGGAGAGAAAGCCGAGCGCUCUCGGGCUGGGAUCUUGACCAUGGCCCUGGCCAAAACUCGGCGGUGGGCUUUGCACUGUCUCUUCUUGGCUGCUACGGCGCUGGUCGCUUGCGAUGGGCAAGGCGGAAGGAGCCGGGAGAAUGGAGGCUCUGCCUGCUAUGGAGGCUUCGACCUGUACUUCAUUUUGGACAAAUCAGGAAGUGUCCUGCACCACUGGAGUGAAAUCUAUUACUUUGUGGAACAUCUGGCUCACAAAUUUAUAAGCCCCCAGCUGAGGAUGUCCUUCAUUGUAUUCUCCACUAGAGGCUCAACUCUAAUGAGGCUUACUGAAGACAGGGAACAGAUACGUCAAGGCUUGGAAGAGCUUGAGAAAGUCCUACCUGGAGGAGACACUUACAUGCAUGAAGGUUUCGAAAGGGCGAGUGAGCAAAUUUACCAUGAAAACAUUCAAGGUUAUAGGACAGCAAGCGUCAUUAUUGCGCUGACAGAUGGUGAACUUCAUGAGGAUCUUUUCUUCUAUGCAGAACGGGAGGCUAACCGAUCCCGUGACUUGGGGGCCACUGUAUACUGUGUUGGGGUGAAAGAUUUCAAUGAAACUCAGCUGGCUCGAAUCGCUGACAGCAAGGAUCAUGUCUUCCCUGUGAAUGAUGGCUUUGAAGCACUCCAGGGGAUCAUAGACUCUAUUUUGAAGAAAUCCUGCAUUGAAAUUCUGGCUGCAAAACCUUCUAGUAUCUGCGCAGGAGAAUCAUUCCAAGUAGUCGUGACGGGAAAUGGGUUCCGGCACGCCCGCAAUGUCGACAGGGUCCUCUGCAGUUUCCGAAUCAAUGAGACGAUCAUUCUCAAUGAGAAACCAUUUGCAGUAGAGGACACCUACUUACUCUGCCCUGCACCUGUAUUACGAGAAGCUGGCAUGCAAGCUGCUCUUCAGGUCAGCAUGAACGAUGGCCUCAGCUUCAUCUCAAGCUCUGUCAUCAUUUCCAGCACUCACUGUUCUGAUGGGACUAUCCUGGCAAUUGCUUUGCUGAUCCUUUUGUUUCUGCUGGCGUUGGCUCUCCUGUGGUGGUUCUGGCCUCUGUGCUGCACUGUGAUCAUUAAGGAGCCACCCCCACCCCCUAUGGAAGACAGCGAGGAAGAAGACGAUGAUGGCCUUCCUAAGAAAAAGUGGCCAACAGUAGAUGCUUCCUAUUAUGGUGGACGUGGUGUUGGUGGCAUUAAGCGAAUGGAGGUUCGCUGGGGAGAAAAAGGCUCUACAGAAGAAGGUGCUAAAUUAGAGAAGGCCAAGAAUGCCCGAGUCAAGAUGCCAGAACAAGAGUAUGAAUUCCCAGAGCCCAGGAGUCUUGGAAACAGUAUCCGGAGGUCCUCUUCUCCCAAGAAGUGGUAUUCUCCAAUUAAGGGAAAACUGGAUGCCCUCUGGGUCCUGUUGCGAAAAGGUUAUGACCGUGUAUCUGUGAUGAGACCCCAGCCAGGAGACAAGGGUCGUUGCAUAAAUUUCACCAGAGUGAAGACUUCUCAGGCUCCGCCAAAGUACCCGCUCAACAAUGCAUAUCAUCCCCCGUCUCCACCCCCUGCCCCCAUUUAUAACCCCCCACCUCCUGCCCCAAUCUACACCCCACCACCACCUAGCACACCCACACCACCCACUCCAUCCCCACCUCCCACCCUCCCACCACUCCCACCACCUCCUCAUGCUCCACCCCCCAACCGGGCCCCACCCCCUUCACGGCCCCCACCUCGCCCUUCUUUCUAAAGAGCAAACCCGUCUCUCCCAGAAAUAUUUCUCAAGCCAUUUUCAGCAAUACUGUACCAAUUCUGUUACGGGGUGGCUUUAACAUUCUGGGUGACAAGAUAAGCAAGCCACUUUGAAUAUGUUUUUUAAAGAAAACCCUAAUACAUCAGGCAGCUGGGAUGCUGAAAUCACUUGUGUUUUGUUUCAAAGGAAUCUCUCCCAUUCAGCAUUUCCAAAAAAAGGGGAGGGGGGAAUCCUCUGGGUGAAAAUUGGCAGGGAACAAAGUUACUGAAAACCACCAGUAGCCCCUGUGUGUAUCACAGUUUACAGUCAUCUCGCUACUUCCUGUUCAUACUGAAAAUGGACUAUUGCUCACAUGGAUGGCGGGAACCUCAGGCUGAAACCCUAGCUGUAAGGACACCAACCUCAGGAGCCAAAGCUGAGGCCAUUCCUACAACUCACAUCUCUGUUGCUGGAGCCUUCCAUCACAUAGAAAGGAUAUGCAUGCAGGGCUGGAUCCGAUACAUUGCUGCAAGGAAGAUGGUUAAUGCGAUGAAAUAUUGAUUGAGUUGAGGGAAGAACAAGGAAAGGAUCAUUCAAAUGGCAGAUUUUUGGUGCUUCAUCCUUUGAAGAAUGUGAAAUGAAUCCAAAGCCAUUCUUCACAGUGUUCUAGGUUGCUGGAAGACCAAGGGAGGCAGAAGACUGUUUAUUGAGUUUGAGAGGGACAAAGCAUCUUGUUUAGAGACAUCGUUUGGUACCAAGGGAAUGAUGGCCUUCCUCACACGACAAGCAAUCCAUGAAAUUUUCUGAAAACAUUCUGAAGAGCACCCUAAGAGCAUGAAACCACAAUCACUGCAUUCUGUGUAAGCCUAACAGAGCUCCUGAUAUACUUUUAGAUAAUCUGUUUGAAAUAUGUGGCCAUUUGGGUGUCACGCAAGUCCACAUAUGAUUUCUAGCUGGCUUGGAAAACAACAUUGACCAAUUAGGAGGAAGAUGGAAUAGAAGGAUGAUCCUAGGGUGGGCACAGGGUGGGACUGUGGCAAGGUUUGGUUUGACUUCUUAAAGUGCCUUCAGUGGUUCUGUGCAGAGUCUUACAACCAUUUUAUGACGAUGUCACCAAAAGUAGACUUUUAAAGUGUAUUGGCGCAUACUGAAGUGAUCUCGUGGGUGGUACAGUAUGUGUCUAGACAGAGAAGGAAUAUGUCCUGGUUCAGAUAGACUUUUCUGGGGUCUGUUGUUGCACUAUAAAAUGUGCAUUCAGACAUAAUGGCAAGGGUUAAAGAGAGUGAGUGCUAAGGAUUGGAGUAGUGGGAAGAUGAAUUGCAAAUAGAAGUGCUAAUUGAAGGGCAAACUUGUGUUGGUGUCGCUGGACCCUUCAGCUCAGUAUACGAGCACAUCAUUUAAAACAAGCAGCAUGCAUUCUUCCACAGGGACAUGGGACUCUGGUCCCACCAUCUUCCAGUGCUAUCUUGGUUUCUGCUUCUCUUUCCUGGCAAAGGAGUCAUUCAGACAACCAUUGAAUGCCUGGUAUUGAAACGCUCAUGUGUGUCAGCUUUAGCAUGUUGCAAAAGAUGUGUGCAGGUUGGAAGAGCUUUUAAGGUUACUUUUGCAGUUUUUUCAAAAUCUUAAUCUACCAUGUAGCAGGUUUGCAUGACUUGGUAACUUCAAGCAGGAAGCAUGCAUACUUGCGCACGCAUACACAAAAUCAUGUGAACUAACCUCCAUUGAUGGGGGGAAAGAGGAAUCUUCAUAGCCAUGCAUGCAAAAGGGCAAAAGUUAGCUAAUGCCUAGUCUCAGCUAUGUCGCUCAGUUUUGCUGUGUGCAGGCAAGCCAAAAAAAAAGUCACCCUUAGUAGCCAAAGAAAUGCACUGGUUGCAUUUCACCAUUACUCUUUAUUUGUGGGAAUACCAAGCCUGCUUCUGCACAAAUGUCUUGCUUCUGUAUCACCCAUGUUAGAAAUCAGUUAAGGCAGGUAAAUUGUUUAAGGCAAUAUUCCCAAGUCCUUGGUGUAAUUGCUAGGAUCAGUUGUACCAAAAGGGAAAAGCAUCCCAGCUUUUUAAGCCUUCAGUACCCACUUCUGUAGCUAGAGGUCUAUUUUAAUGCCUUUUCAUAUGAAAGUUUAAAACACUGGGCUCACCAAGUGAAAGAAAAAAGGCAAAGGACCUGAUCCAAAGUGAAGUACUUCUGCAACCAUUUAUAAUGUGCUAUGAGUUCUUGUCUAGGUAAGCAGAUUGCUUGAGUGCACUGAGACGUACACAGGGUGCAGAAAAACAUAGGCAAGAAAGGUACUCAUAUCCGCUAUUUCUCAAGUUGGCUCUCCCAGUAAUGACCAUUUGGCAUCUAUGCUAAAAAUGUUGGUGUAGACUGCUUUUUAAGGGCAAAUGCCUGAAUCUGUCACUUGGAUGUCUAGCAGUAUUGGGACACCCAGAAUCCUUCAGUGGCUAUUAAAACUGCCAUAUUGAGAGCUAGACCUCUGGAUGCCAGGAACGGCUGCCAUGUCUGCAGUCAGAUGGCUGUUUGUCUGCCAAAUAACUGUUAGGGCUUACUCCAGAGGGCAGUUCUCAUGUUCUCCCCUCAUGUUCUAGUGUGUUGUAUUCAUAUGCUUCACUGAUCUAUAGUCAUCCUCAUAAGGUUCAGUCUUAAGCCUGCACCGAAGCCUUGAUUCAAAACUACAUUGCAUGUGCAAGACCCCCAUUCCCAUGACACCAACUGCUAUCCUGAGCAAAGGACUUUCUUUUGGUUCCUACACUAACCACCUAUCAAUCCUUAUGGUAGUAGUAAUAGCACUGCUCGUCAUAUAUAUGGUGUCUUUCAAAAGAGGAACAAUCCAGAGGUAAAACCAAGUUGACCAGCCUCCCGGGAAAGGAUUCUCUUCUUUGUAUGGAGAUGUUUGUUAAUAGGUGCCUAAUAACCAGCAUGGAGUUCAAUUGCCAUUUAAACUAUCUCCAAAAGCUGCUUUAUCUGCUGGCAGUACAAUGCAGCUUCUUGAAACAGCAAAAACUCCAGUGAGAUGCUGCCAUUGUCACGUAUCUCUUGAGAGAUCCACUGUUUUUGGUUUACAGGUUGCAGUCAGGUCAGUCACAAAAGACUACUUUGUAAUUGUCAGGGUUCCCCUGACAAAGAUUUGGCGGGAUGCCAAUUAACAGGGAAUGGAUAUCACCUGAGUAGCAUAGCUAAAGCCCGAUCCUCCCAGAAGGUCUCCUGUGCAAACCUUAAUGAGAUGAACAAUUGUGUAUUAGCAUAGCACCUGUUAUUACAACAGGAUUUGAGCAGGAGAAUUUCCUGGUAAGUUUUGCCCAGAAAAUGUAAAAUAAGUGGGACUAGUGUAAUAAAAGUAUUUGGGAUCAAGUUUUAGUCUUAAUAGAUGCUUGAAGUUGCUCAAAAGUUUGGAACAAAAAUGCUUUGUUAAUUUUUUUUAAAAUGCCAAUUUAGUGAUAAAUCAGCAGAACAAAUUAAGAGGGAAAAUGUAUUUCACUGCUUGUUUUUAUUAAAAAGACAUUUUGUUUUCCACAUUUCUGAGUUCUAAAGUUUAAAAUAUGAGGCUGGGGUACAAGGAGGGAGUAAAAAGUGUACACUAGGCCAAGGAGUUACUUUUUAAGUACACUAAAAUUCUCUACACAUGACAAAAACAAAGUCCCAAAUCUGUGAUGUAUAUAUUAUUGCAUGGUUGCCAUAUUUUAAGUGGAAGCAUUUUCUAUCGUGUGUGGAUAAAAGAUCUUGUUUUUUUUCAAGUUGUAGUAAAUUAUUAUAAAGCCAGUGAUAUUUCAUGGCAUGUUAUUGUAUCAAGCUGUGCUUGUUUUAUUUUCUAUUUUUAUUUUUCAUGGUUUUAUUGCUUUUAUUAAUGUAUAAAUAUUUCCUGUUAUUGACGAGCACCUCCUUUACAGAUCAUUAAUUGAACUCACAAAGACUUUUGAUGAUGACUUCCACUCGAGCUAGUGAGAGGGGUUCUAACAGCAGGGACCUGUUUAAAUGAAGGACAAAAAUAAGUUCAGAGGGCCCUAUCCACCAGGCAUUACACUUGCAUAAACUCCUUUGGUCAAGUUGUGCAAUAAUGACCUUCAUAUUGUACUUGGAAUUCUUGACAUACACCAGUUUUAUGCCUAAUAAAGGUUCUGGAACUCCUUUGGCAACAUGUGGCAAUGUAGGGAUGCCAACCUCCAGGUCUAGAGAUCUCCUGGAAUUACAACUGAUAUCCAGACAAAAGAGAUCAGUUCACUGGGAGAAAAUGGCCACUUUGAAAGGUGGACUCUAUGACAUUAUAUGUCAUUAUAUGUCAUUGAAAUCCCUCUCGUUUCCAAACCCCGUACUCCUCUGGCUGUAGCCCGAAAAUUUCCAGGCAUUUUCCAGUCCAGCGCUGACAACCCUAUGGUAACAUGAGGCAAGAAUGUUUUGACAUAAUUAAGGAUGGCAGAUAAACCACUUGAUGCCAAAGGACACAAUCCACCAGAAAAGUGUCCUUCUCAAGAGCUUCACAGUAUAGCUGCAUGGCUCUCGUUCCUGUCUGACAGGACAAGCUCAGAUCUUCCUGGUGGGUUGUGUAUAUGUGAAGUUUGGAUUGUCUGCUGCAAGCAUCAACCCAUUUCAGGCUGGCCCUGGUAGGGAUUGUGCCUUAAAGUUCACAAGUGACAAAGGAUGUCUUAUGGGAAUUUAGACGCCCAUCCAGAAAACGCUUACAGCUGUACCAACCCUUUCACAAUAUAUGGUCACCAGGCUGCAAAGCUCAAGGCCUCUAGCUUUGAUGACUGAUAUUUUAGGAGACUCUGAAGCAAUUUGACAUUAGGUAGCAUGCUAGUAAUGUAAUUACUUGGUUGGCCAAUGAUAGAUGCUUCAUAAGAGGCCAGUAUUCUUUAGCUAGAGCUGCAAGAUUUCUGUUGUCUGUAAAGCUUUUCCUAGUUGUGGCUCUGAUCACAUGAGUUCAGUGGGAACUUCUGGGGUUAAGUACUGAGGCUGAAGAACUAUUCCACCCAUGGGGUGAGUAGCUUGGCACAUCUUGAGAGGACCAUUCACAAAAAGUAUGCAAACAAUUUUAGUAUGAAUUGUACUCUGCUUGAGUGGACUAGAAGCACCUAAUGCUGCUGCUCUGGUGUGGGUCCUGAGUCUGCACCACAGUGGGAGACCACCAGGAGGCCUACAGAUGUUGCUUCUUCAAAAGGAAGAGCUGGAGGCAAAUGCCAGAGACACUCUCCCAGGUGUGUGAGUAGAUAGAAAUGCAGAUUUAAGAAGAGUUGUUGUCCCAAUUUUACUGAACCAGUGGCAGGCCCAAGAUAUUUUUGUGCCUGAGAGAGAAAAGCUGAUAAAGCUUAAAUGUGCUUAACUUUGGCUGGAUAGGGCCCAUAGUUUUUGAUGUUCAUGGAUCUUUGAGACAAUUAAUGUUAAGUAAAAGUGAGGUGGAACUGACUGGCCAUAUAGGACUGUAUAUAUGUAUAUUUUCUUACUAUAAAACUUUAGGAGCUCAUUAUUAUGUUCCAAAACUAGCAAUUUCUAAUCAAGAGUUCCUUAAGAAACGAAAAAGAAAAGCAGUGAGAGUAAAGGGUGCGGUGCUGCCUCUUUUCCAAAUUGUCUGGAAAAAAUGUGGGUGUUUUUUUGUUUAGGGGGUCUGACUGCUUCAGUUUCAGGUAUCACAACAGUUGAACAACUCUUGAAACACGGUUAUGCUGGGUCAUCUGGCUCACGAACUUUUUAGCUCUAGCAGCUGUAAGAGACAGGGAUCAACCACGUCACAUUUUCAAACAACCGGCUGAUCUGUAGUUCUUGUUGGCCACGGCAAAGAAGAGGAGGUGGGACUGUUGACCUGAUGGAGAAGAUGCAAAUAAGGAAAGAAAGCUUUUCUCUGGUGGAUUUGGCUACCUCUGGGACUGGAGAUGAACAACUGAUUAUUCGGGCAGAGGAUUGUUAUUCCGUGCAAUUGACCUGUUUGCAUGUGUCGUUUUUAGAUACAGUCAUUACUCUUCGCCAGUUUUGAUGUUAUUAAAUACCUACUUUGAA